AUGUCCAACGCAGAGGAGCUUCUGAGAGAUUUCGAAGAUGACGACGACUUCGAGGACGCUGACGGCGCGGAGGCUAUCGAAGACGACCGAGACGAGGAGCUGCUGCUACAAGAGCCCGCCAAAGCAGUUACGAACGAGUUCGAAGUUGCUCUAUCGACUGCAGACGAACUAACACGACUACAUAAAUCGCUGCGCGAUCAUUACUCUGUCAGAUUCCCGGAACUUGAAACCCUCGUGACAAACUCUAUCGACUAUGCAAAAACCGUCGCGAUUCUCAAAAAUGGACCGCUCAAGGACAUCAAGGCCCUGUCGACCUCGGCAGACAACAUGGUUGGAGUACCUCUGAAAUCCAUUCUAGAUGGCCCAACUCUGAUGGUCGUUGCGGUAGAAGGCACAACAACCCGAGGACGCGAGAUGACGGAGGCAGAGCUCAAGGUCGUGCUGGACACUUGCGAGAGGAUUCUGAAGCUAGACCGCGAGCGGACCGCUCUCACACAGAGCAUUCAGGCCAAUAUGAGCCAGAUCGCCCCUAAUCUGGCAGCGCUGGUUGGUCCAGAAACCGCGGCCCAAUUCCUCAACCAGACGGGAGGACUGCGAGAGCUUGCUAAGAUCCCUGCAUGCAACUUGGGCGCCCAGGGUUCGAAGAGGAAAGAGGGUCUGGGAUUCGCUACAAACACUAGUAUCAGGUCGCAAGGGUUCCUUUAUAACUCGGAGCUCAUCCAAGACAUCCCCAACGACCUAAAGCGACAGGCCAUCCGCAUUGUCUCGGCGAAGAUGGUACUUGCUACGCGUGCCGACGUCUCAAAAUACAGCCCCGACGGCUCCUUGGGAGAGGAACUCAAGCAGCAAUGCUACCAACGGUUGGAGAAACUAACCGAGCCUGCUCCCAACUCCGGCACCAAAGCCCUUCCCGCUCCAGAUGACAAGCCUUCGAGAAAACGAGGUGGUAGAAGAGCGCGAAAGGCCAAGGAAGCUGUCGCAAUGACUGAACUUCGCAAGGCGCAGAACCGCGUUGCCUUUGGCAAGGAGGAAGCUGAAGUUGGCUUUGGCGCCGGAGAAGGAACCGUUGGACUGGGCAUGAUGGGCCAGCAAAACGACGGGCGCAUCCGCGCAACCCAGAUAGAUCAGAGAACAAGGGCAAAGCUGAGCAAAUCCAACAAGGGCUGGGGUGCAGCAACCCCGGCCAGCGGAACUGCUUCGUCGCUGCGCACAUUUGGGCAGGGUCCGAGCGGUACGGCGAGCGUGCUACAAGCCAGGGGUCUCCGGUCAUCAGGCAUUGGUACUUCGUUUGGCGGUGCAGCUGGUACAGCCAGUACUAUCGCUUUCACUCCCGUGCAGGGACUCGAGCUGGUCGACCCCAAGGUGCAAGCCGAGCUCAGCCGCAAGCGCAAGGCGGAGGAAGACCGAUGGUUCAAGUCAGGCACUUUCACCCAAGUGGGUGGACAGAGCGGCCCCAAAAAUUCGUCGGAAACAACCAACGGAGGAUUCAAAGUCCCUGCGCUGCCUACGAAACGAGUCGACACCGGCGCCGGCAAAAUGGGUCCGCCGCCGCCUCCUUCACAGUAA